CAGGAACAGAAGAUAGAAUUCAAUAAAAAGUCGUGUGCUUCUAGUGUUUUAGUACUAGAAUAGCAGGAUUCAUAUUAAACGGUUAAAAAACAUUUCAAACCAAACUUAUCACCAUACGACGCUUUAUUCAGGGCCGACAAAAAGAAAAUGGCAGUAUUCGGUCUUGCAAAUCACCACAUGAUUGUUAUACAGAUGUUCUUUUCGACUUCUUUUAGUUUCUUUUUUCGGCCUUAUGUUGCAUUUAGACACUUUAAUGGUCGGUAAAAUAAGCUCAUUUAAUCUUAUAUGCCGGAUUUUGCGAUACUUCGCCGUGCACCAAGAUUUUUGCAGUCCAAUUGCCGCAAGGAAGGCAGUACAAGAUGCCUGUAGCGGAGAGAUGCAAAAUGACUAACUUAUAUAUAUAUAUAUAUUUAUGUAUAACUUUAGCAGUGAUAUUAUUUUUACGGAAAGGAAUAACUGAUUCAUUUUCAAGUGCUAAAUAUAAUCAAGAUGGAACAGUCAGCAAAAGUCACUAGUAGUAUUGAAAGCGAGUCCAUCGCUAAGAAUUGUGAUGAAAAAUUAUAUAUCCAAACUACAUCAGAAAUUGAAUCUCAAUCUCAAAAACAAUCAAGAUGGAAAAAUUUCAGAGAUUCAUUUAAACGUAUGGAACAUGGAAAUUCAAGUUCAAGUUCUUCGUUAGAUUUAGAAGAUGCUCAACCUAAAAAUAAUCUUCAAAACAAUGAUUUAAAGAAGGGUCUUAAAAAGAGACAGCUUCAAAUGAUUGCAUUAGGGGGAUGUGUAGGAAGUGGUUUAUUAGUUGCAUCUGGUAUGGCUCUUAGAAAUGGGCCCGGAACUUUAUUAGUAGCAUGGGCCAUUGUAUCGUCAUUCUUAUAUUGUACCAUGCAAUCUUUGGCUGAGUUAUCAUCGGCUUUCCCAUUAUCUGGUUCAUUUGCAACUUAUGCCAAUAGAUUUAUUGACCCAUCAUGGGGUUUUGCCAUGGGUUGGAAUUAUGCCCUUUUUUGGGUUAUUGUCAUGCCAUUAGAGUUAGUUGCUUCUUCCAUAACUAUCAAUUUUUGGCAAUCUUCAGUAAAUUCAGUUGCAUGGGUAGCAAUUUUCUACGUUCUUAUUAUAGUGUUAAACUUGUGUGGAAAUCGUGGAUUUGGAGAAACUGAAUUUGUUGCUUCUGUAAUCAAAUUGUUAGGUAUUGUUGGUUUCAAUAUCUUAGCCAUUAUUUUAAUUUGCGGUGGUGGUGAUCAAGGAUUUAUUGGUGGGAAAUUUUAUCGUAACCCAGGUUCUUUCACAACUGGUUUCAAAGGUGUUGUAUCAGUUUUGAUAACAGCUACUUAUUCAUUGGCAGGUACAGAAUUAAUUGGUUUAACUACUUCUGAAUCAGAAGGUAAUCCCAGAAUAAUGUUGCCAAAAGCCAUUAAACAAGUCUUCUGGAGAAUCAUGAUUUUCUACAUGCUUACCUUGACUUUGAUCGGAUUCCUUGUUCCAGCUAACUCGGAAGAUCUUAUAGGUGGAUCUGGUGCAUCUGCUUCACCAUUUGUCAUUGCCAUUAGACAGGGAGGAAUAAAGGUUUUACCAUCAAUUUUUAAUGUUAUUGUUUUAGUUGCUCUUUUAGCCAUUGGUAAUUCAGCAGUAUAUGGAUUUUCUAGAACGGUUUUAGCUUUGGCAGAACAAGGAUUAGCACCUAAGAUUUUCAACUAUGUUGAUAGACAAGGUAGACCAUUGGUUGGAAUUAUGGUGUGUGCAAUUAUUGGGCUUUUGGCUUUUGUUUCUGCUUCACCAAAAGAAGCUGAAGUGUUUGCCUGGUUAGUGGCUUUAUCGGGUCUUUCAACUUUAUUUACCUGGGGAAGUAUUAAUGCAUCUUACUUGAGAUUUAGAGCUGCUUACAAAUAUCAUGGAAGAGAUUUACAAGAAUUGCCAUAUAUUUCUAAUACAGGGAUUAUUGGAGCUUGGUAUGGGUUGAUUAUGAAUGCAAUUGUUUUAGGACUUCAAUUAUUUUGGAUUGGAAUUUGGCCAAUUGGAGCUAAACCUGAUGCUAAGGCAUAUUUCGAGAAUAAUUUGGCAUUUGUUAUUGUCAUAGCUUUUUACGUUGGUCACAAGAUAUAUAGUAGAACGCUCAAGUUUUACAGAACCGUUGACGAAAUCGAUAUUGAUACGGGAAGAACUCAAGAAGAAAUAGAUUUAUUAUUACAAGAAAAAGCUGAAGAGAUAGAGGCUGCUAAAUUGCGCCCAGUUUAUAAGCGUAUUCUCAACUUUUGGUGUUAAUGAAACCAGAGGUUAUUUAGAUUUACGAUGUAAUGAAUAGCAUUAAUAUAUUAAUUUUGAUAAACACUCUAGAUAUUCUCAGUCUGUAAGUGAAUCUAAUGUCCCGGCUAGGUCUCUAACACCGUAAUGGAACUUACUCCAAAUUCAAUGCGGGCCAUAGAAUGAAUAAAGCUCCCUAUCA